AUGGCGCCCCGCAGACGGUGCCCCACCUGCGGCUCCAAGCAAUGGCACAAAGAGCCGUCGAGCGGACUGAUAGCGUGCAGCGAGGGACACAUCCUCCAGAACUACAGGAAUGAGACAACGGAGAUCGAGGAGAUGGGCCCGCACGCGAUGAAGAAGCGCCAGCUGAAGACGGGGAGGAAGAAGAAGGGGAAGCAGAGCCAUGCCGAUGCGAAACUGUUACACGGCGCGAAGGGCCGAUACCACUACUUCGUGUGCCUGCAGCUCAUCUUCCGCAAGCAGGUAGCUGCACUUACGCGGCUCUGGGACUUACCACCCGAGUUCGAGGUCAUCUGCCGCGAUCUCUGGGCCCUCCAUCUGAGCCUGCUGCCAGAUCCACCCCCGGCAGAGCCCUAUCACCACGCACACGGGAAUGGAGACGCAGACGGCGUGCAUGGAGAUGGGGACGGGGAUGAGCCGAGCAAGGCUUCCCGCAAGGGCCCCAAAGGAGACGGGGGGAAAGGAAAAGGAAAGGACAAGGGAAAGGGAAAGGACCCAGGCGACUCGAAGGGGCAGUCGGAGGGUUCUUCGUCCUCGAGCUCAGAAGGGGAAGAGGAAGAGGAAGAUGCCGACCUCGACCAGGAAACAGGCUCGGGAAAGGACGACGAUAGCAAUCAUGAACGGAAGGAUGACGAGAGCGACACCGAUGACGAUGACGAGAAUGAAGAGGACCCGGAGCUCGAGGCGCUUAUGCGGGAGAACUCCGAGAUCUCGUCGUCGUCGGACGAGGAGGGCGACGGGAUGUACUACGUCGUGCGGAGCAAACGCGCGUCGAAGGGGUCCAAGGGCCGGCACAAGUACGAAGGCGCGAUGAGCAGCAUCGUGGUGCUCAUCGUCGCGUGCUGGACGCUACGGGUGCCCGUCAUGUAUAGGGACUUUACGCGCCUUGUCGAGAGUUAUGAACUUCCUUACCUGGAUCCAGUGCAGUUCCUGCCCCCGAGUCUGGUGCAGCACCUGACGAAGCAUAAUAUACAAGCUCUUUCCCCACCGCACGCACCGAAGACGCUUUCGCUGCACAAGUUAGCAGGCAGAUUCGCGAAGCAGCUGUACAGCAAAUAUGGGGUGUACACGGCCGAAUUGAACGCGGCGGACGUGCUAUGGCGAAUAACGAAGGAAAUGGGCGGGACGCCGAUGCUGUACGUGCUGGGCAAACGCGUUGCGAGUGUCCUGUCAUUCCCUUUGAUACUGCACCCCUCGCUGGCACCGGGGCUGGAAAACGCCAUCCGGCAUCAGUAUGACAACGCGCCUCCUGAGGUGACACUCCUGGCGUCGGUAAUGAUUGUGCUCAAGAUGGUGCAUGGGUUGGACGGCAAGCCCCGAGGACCGGGGGACGAGGAGGACGUCGCGUGUGCACUGCCUCGGACGAAGGACCUGCUUCGGCUGCUUGAGGAGCUGGAUGACGCUGACGCCAAGAGGAAGGAGGCGAUCUUUGACUCCUCAAAUAAAUUACACGUUGGCGACAUGAAGGAAGAGGAGCUGGACGAAUAUAUUUCUUUCUGCGAGAGGGUACUCCUUGGAGAAGGGGCAAGGGACGGGGAUGCUGCGCUGGACCGAUACUUCUGUCUCGCCCGCGAGGAUGGGGGAGGGAGAACGGAGGACGAUCGAGGCAUUGCUCGUGGGUCGCAGAUCGGUGGGGAGGUUACUUCGGGGGGACUGCGGCCCGGAGCUGAGUACAAGAUAUGGAACGGACGGGACGUGUACGGGACACUGCCGAGCGAGUACAAGCUUGUGCUUGAACGGGGAGCGAGGGUUGUCGGAGUGAGGGCGGAGUACCUGGGGUGUGUGCUUGAAAAGUACGAGAGACGGCUGAGUGAGUGGAAGGGCCGAGGGAUUAGUAGAUGA